GUAUCGUAGACAGAGAAUAGAGAAUCCUAUAUUCUCUGUCUACGGGAAGUAUAGACAAUUGACAGUAUAGUCCACUGAUAUGAUUACACCUUAUCAGUGGAUUACAUUUAUGGUAUUGUCUAUUGAUAGUUAAACGUCAAAGUGUCAAACAAACGCUAACGCAGUUUUUUUAGGUUACUACUGAAGUUCACAAAACAAUGCUACAGUGUUUAUAGGAGUUUGAAAUAAUACCGAACUUUAAUUAUAAACCAUGGAUAACAGUAACAGAAUCGUCCCACCUCAUCUCAAUGCUGAAAUAUACAGAACCGACACCACCGGCACGAACACCCUAUCUUAUUUAGAUUAUGUCAGAAUUCAUUCCGAUGGAAGUGUUCUGGUGGGAUCAUCAGAACUAACUGGUCGGUAUUGGAACGGUGGCGUAAGUGUGUACAAGAGUAUAGCUGAAGCUCAAAGUAUCAAAACUGAAGAUAAGAGGAGUAUUUCUUUGUGCAGUGGAACUGCUGAUGGUUGCUUUAUAGGAAGUUCAAAUAAGUUGUUAAUAUGUGAAGACAGUGGUGCAGUAAGUGUAUGGGUCAAGAACGGUGACCAGCAGAAUGCUUGGCACCAAUGGAGGGAAGACCUCUCUGUAGCAGAACAUGAUAAUGCAGUUUUAGCUGUAGACUGCCUUGAACCUGAACGCCUCUAUGCUACCGCUGGUGCUGAUGGAAAUGUAAAGGUGUGGGACAUAAAUGACAUGAUAUGUAUAAGGAACUACAGUGCAGCACAUAGUAUGAUUAUAAAUACAAUUGCAGUAAAACCAAAGUCUGCCCACAGUUUUGCAACUGGGUCCAUGGAUCAGUAUGUCACAUUGUGGGAUGAAAAUACUGAUAAAGCAGUGCUAGAUAUUAUGAAAAAUAAUUGCGCUAUACACUGCUUGGCUUGGUUGGAUGAGAAUCGUUUAGUUGUAGGGGAUGAAGCUGGUGUAUUAUAUUUGGUAGAUAUCAGAAACACAGAAAGUAAUGUGAAAAUAACAGAAUUCCCUGCAGCAGUACACAAGUUGGUUGUACACCCAGAUACGGACAAAGUGGCAGUUUGUUGUGACAACAGAAUUGUCACAGUUUGUAAAGUGGAAGAGAAUUGUGAACCCAAAGUAAUAUACCAUGACAGACAUAUGCACAGCAACUAUGUCAGAGGAGCAGCUUGGGACAUCGAGGAUAAGAACACUCUUCAUACAGUUGGAUGGAACGGUGAAUUGAAAUCACACACAAUUUCGUUGGGUUGAAAGUAGUUUGUAUAAUAAAACAAUAUUCCAAAAUUGUUGACUUUUUCUUUUUAUAAAAUGAAGUAAAAGAGAACCUAAACGUUUAUCAGAACCUCCUACUUAUUAUCACUGGGGAAUAUCAUCGAAUUACUGCUCCCGCUUGGGUGAGUGUCAGACUCUUACUGACUAAAAACCACCCUAUUCCUUCUCCUGCACGUCGAGCCGGAGCCCCGGUUACCCGUUAGGUUCUCCGCGACUCCGAAUCAGCAUCGGCCCUAUUGGGCCCCAUCUGUGGUGGUCUGAUGGCUCUUUGUGGUGCGCGCGCAACGCGACGCGCCGUACGCUCGGGUCUGUUUCUGGUCGGACGGGGGGUUUAUUCCACUUUGUUCACCUGGGUGAUUUCACCUAGGUGAACAAAGUAGACUUUUUGGAGUCCUCAAUUCACCUGGGAAUUAUUUCACCUAGGUGAAUUGAGUUGACUUAAGUAGUCUCCUUUGUUCACUUGUCAAUUAAUUCACCCAGGUGCACAAAGGCGACUUUUUACUUUUACGUUGUGGACUUAUAUCACCUACCUACCUUAAAUCAAGUUAAAUAAAAACUUUCAAUUUUACAUAUAUUUUAAUAUGUUCAAAUAUCAGAUUAAUGUUGGUCUAUUACACAUGCAAAGACAUAUCACAAUUUCUAACACUACGCUAGGAGUUCCAGUUACAGCUAUAACUGUACACUGGGUAUAAUUACGAACAAAAUUUUAUUCCCACACGUGGUCUUGGAAAUUGUGAAAUCACCCAGGUGAACAAAGUGGAAUAAACCGGACGGGGAGCCACCCAUUCUCGCCGUCCGCAGGCCCGCGCUUACGGUGGCCGGAGAUCGUCCCGCGAUCCCCGACGUCCGGUGUGUCCUUUGCGAUGGCUGGGUUGCGAGGAGGCAGCGCUUCGCUGUCUCACGCGUCCCGCCUCCACCAUAGAGAUAGCAAGUGCAACCUUGCGCAAGAGGACUCUGAUCAAUUCUGAGGUGCAGCAAAGGGUUAUGACAAUGAACUUCCGUACAAUUGCCAUAAAAUAAAACAAAUAUAUUCAAUGCUGCCAUAAGUAUUUAUUUCUGCGAUAAGUAAUAAUGAUGUGAGUAACAUGCGGAGGUCGAUCAAUGGUGGGGGGAGGGCGCACGAUGCUCGGGCGACGCGCACGGCGAGGAGCCGCGCCGGCUCGUGGUGCCGGGGCUCUUCAGGCGCACCAUCGUGUCCAGGUGCCGGAAC